AAGGGGCCGCGGGCUAGGGCUCGCCCCCCGGAGCGGCCCGCUGGCCUCACAGCCAGGGACGGGGCCGCCCACACCAGAUGUGCGCAACCUCCGGGAGCCCAGAGACCAACAGACGGGAUGGAGGAACCUCUAUUUGGGGCCCAUGAAAUCUGGCAGGACAGCGACUCCCUGACCUCCUUGGAAUCCAACGUCUUCUGCAGCGAGGAGGAAGCGGAGUCGCUGGGUCUGGAUGGUGGCCCUUCCUUGGACUGUUUCAUCGUCAAUGUGGGUGGCAGCCGCUUCGUCCUGUCCCAGCGCGUGCUGUCCUGCUUCCCGGACACACGGCUGGGCAAGCUGGCCGUGGUGGUGUCGUCCCGCCGCCCUCCGGGAGCCCCGGCCCCUGCCUCCACCCUGGAGCUCUGCGACGACGCCAACCCGGUGGACAACGAGUACUUCUUCGACCGCAACUCCCAGGCCUUCCGCUACAUCCUGCACUACUACCAGACUGGACGCCUGCACGUCAUGGAACAGCUGUGCGCCCUCUCUUUCCUGCAGGAGAUCCAAUACUGGGGCAUCGAUGAACUGAGCAUCGAUUCCUGCUGCAGGGACAGGUACUUCAGGAGGAAAGAGCUAAGUGAGACUCUAGACUUCAAAACUGACACAGAUGACCAGGAGAGUCAGCAUGAAAGUGAGCAGGAUUUCUCUCAGGGGCCCUGCCCUAAUUCAAGGCAGAGACUUUGGGAUAUCUUGGAGAAACCCAGGUCUUCGACUGCUGCCAGGAUUUUUGGCACCAUAUCCAUCAUCUUUGUGAUUAUGUCCAUCGCCAACAUGGCCUUAAUGUCAACAGAUUUUGGCUGGUUAAAUCCUGAGCUCCUGGAAGGUCUAGAGUACCUGUGCAUUACCUGGUUUACUGGAGAAUUUGCCUUGCGCUUGCUGUGUGUACGAGAGCGAUGUCAUUUUCUAAGGAAAGUGGCCAACGUCAUCGACCUUCUGGCUAUUCUUCCUUUCUACAUCACCCUGCUGGUGGAGAACCUGAGUGAAGGUGAGACUACACAAGAGCUGGAAAACGUGGGUCGCAUCGUACAGGUCUUGAGACUGCUCAGGGCUCUGCGUAUGUUAAAGUUGGGCAGACACUCAGCAGGGUUACGAUCUCUUGGGAUUACCAUCACCCAAUGCUAUGAAGAAGUUGGUCUGCUGCUGCUUUUCCUUUCUGUAGGAAUUUCUAUAUUUUCAACUGUGGAAUAUUUUGUGGAACAGAGUAUUCCUGAUACAACUUUCACAAGCGUGCCCUGGGCAUGGUGGUGGGCAACAACUUCUAUGACAACUGUUGGUUAUGGUGACAUUAGACCAGACACUACCACGGGUAAAAUAGUGGCCUUCAUGUGUAUACUAUCAGGGAUACUAGUGUUAGCCUUGCCUAUUGCUAUAAUAAAUGAUCGUUUCUCUGCCUGUUAUUUCACUUUGAAGCUAAAAGAAGCAGCUGUUCGGCAAAGGGAAGCUUUGAAGAAACUCACAAAAAAUAUAGCCACGGACUCAAAUAUUAGUGUUAACUUGCGAGAUGUAUAUGCACGAAGUAUCAUGGAAAUCCUGCGGUUAAAAGGCAGAGAAAGAGCAAGUACUAGAAGUAGUGGUGGAGAUGAUUUUUGGUUUUGAAAAUGUUUUCAGUGUUUUCUACCUAAAUCCUUCUAUGGAGUUAUCUUCAGUGAUAAAUGUGCCUGCUAUUGUUCAUUCAGUACGGCCUCUCUGGGUCAUCUUUGUUCUGUCAGUGUACUUAGUAUUUUCUAAGACACACCACAUCAUAGGUUAGAAUCAGUUAUCUUUCAUAAGAUAUCAAAAUGGCAAAAGCAAUUUACAGAGUGGAACAACUAACCCACCCAUACAUGAAUUUUAGUUUUCUAAUUCAAUCAAUAAGUUCUACACAGGUGCAUAAAGCACACAUCUGUACUGAAGUUAUUUGGUCCCUAGGUUUUUUUCUUCUGAAAAUAAAAACAGAAGGAAAAUUAAGAGGGCCAGAAGCAGUAAACAAUCAUUAAGCUAUAUGUAGUAGUUUUUCCAUAUUCAUUGAGACUCCCUAAUGGAUUAGUAACUGACUAUGAACAUUAAUAAGAUUUGUGAUUUCUAUGGAUUAUAUGGAGCAAUGUAGAUUAAGCCAAUGGGAGCACUUAUUGUAUGCCGAGCACUCUACUAAACAUUUGGAAAAGUAUCAUGGACUUUUUAGACAUGAUCCUUGUCUUCAAGGAGCUUACAGUCUAGUACGAGAGAUACGCUACAUGGCCCUACUUGGAAAUAAUGGAUUAAAAAAAAAAGAUUUACUAGGCAUGUAUAAGGUGGCAAUUUCAGAGUAACUAUUCAGAUAUUA